CGCCGCAGGACCUCCGGCUAGAGCUAGACUGAGGCGACGGCGGCGGCCCCUCGCCGGGAGGAGGACGAUGUGGAGCGACGGAAGCGGCGCGCGGGGACGCUGCUACGCGGCAUCUGGUUGCGUGUCCGCGGCCGACUGCGCAGCCCGCGAGCAGGUCUAAGACACUUGCAGAGAGCUACAAUGGAAAAGUCCUGGAUGCUGUGGAACUUUGUUGAAAGAUGGCUAAUAACCUUGGCCUCCUGGUCUUGGGCGCUCUGCCGUAUUUCUCUCUUACCUUUAAUAGUGACUUUUCAUCUGUAUGGAGGCAUUAUCUUACUUUUGUUAAUAUUCAUAUCAAUAGCAGGUAUUCUAUAUAAAUUCCAGGAUGUAUUGCUCUAUUUUCCCGAACAGCCAUCUUCCUCACGCCUUUAUGUUCCCAUGCCCACUGGUAUUCCACAUGAAAACAUUUUUAUCAGAACCAAAGAUGGAGUGCGUCUGAAUCUUAUUUUGGUAAGAUAUACUGGAGACAAUUCACCCUAUUCUCCAACCAUAAUUUAUUUUCACGGGAAUGCAGGCAACAUAGGUCACAGGUUACCAAAUGCAUUGCUUAUGUUGGUUAACCUCAAAGUUAAUCUUCUGCUUGUUGAUUAUCGAGGAUACGGGAAAAGUGAUGGAGAAGCAAGUGAAGAAGGACUCUACUUAGAUUCUGAAGCUGUGCUAGACUAUGUGAUGACUAGACCUGACCUUGACAAAACAAAAAUUUUUCUUUUUGGUCGUUCCUUGGGAGGAGCAGUGGCUAUUCAUUUGGCUUCUGAAAAUUCACAUAGGAUUUCAGCCAUUAUGGUGGAGAACACAUUUUUAAGCAUACCACAUAUGGCCAGGACUUUAUUUUCAUUCUUUCCAAUGCGUUACCUUCCUUUAUGGUGCUACAAAAAUAAAUUUUUGUCCUACAGAAAAAUUUCUCAGUGCAGAAUGCCUUCUCUUUUCAUCUCUGGACUCUCUGACCAAUUAAUUCCACCAGUAAUGAUGAAGCAGCUUUAUGAACUCUCCCCAUCUCGGACUAAGAGAUUAGCCAUUUUUCCUGAUGGAACUCAUAAUGACACAUGGCAAUGCCAGGGUUACUUCACUAGCCUUGAACAGUUCAUCAAAGAAGUAAUAAAGAGUCAUUCUCCUGAAGAAAUGGCAAAAACUUCAUCUAAUGUGACAAUUAUAUAAUGUUUUUUUAUUGCACUGUAUUUUAGUUUGUGCAGAAUGAUAAAGAAUGUUCCUUUCUAGAGUGUGUUCUAUCUGUACUUGUCUGAAGAGUGACAUUAAAUGUUGAAAGGACUUUAGUGCUCUUUAAAGAUGAUCCAAAUAGUUUUUUACAUUUGAAAAACUAUAAUUGUUGGGAUUAUUUCAUACAUUUUCAUCAAACCUUUCAAUGUGUUUAUGUGUCUGUAUCUUUAGUUUAAUAUGCUAGUAGAAUAUAUUCAAAAGUUUCUUGUUGCUAAAGUGGUACACUCUAUAUGAUACUUAAGGUUAAUGUCUGGGUGUGGAAGGGGAGAUACAGACGAGAAACCUUCGGAUAUUAUUCCUUUAGUAAAUAUUGGGACAAUCAUGGUAUACAAGCUUAGUUCUAUAACUGCAUUUUUCACCUUAAAAUGCAUGAUGAUAUUUUAUUUCUUGAAUUAUGCAAUGCAAUGUUUUUAAUGUAAAUAGCACUGGUCAUAUACCAAUGUAUAUGGUAACCUGGGUUAUAUCUAUUUUUAUGUAAACUAUUUUGGUUUUGGCAAGAAGUGAAAUUGAGGCCUGUGUGCAGGUUGCUAUUGAAUUUUGCUCUGGCGUAUGCUGAGAUUCAGCUUUUUCUUACAAAUAAAUGGGACCCCACUUUCCAACAAAAAUGUACUGUGUUUUGUUAGGUACAGUCUGGAUCAUAGCAUGCAAAAAUAGAAAUUUAGAAUUUCACUGCAGCUUCAAUGUGCAUCUUUGAACUUUUUUACAUUUGUAGUUUUGGUGGCAAAGAGAAUUUUACUUUUUAUCAAUUUCAUAAGUCUACAGGUAAACCACCAAUGGCAGUCAUAAUGAAGAUAACUUGUUUAAGAAUUGAAGUAGGAACUCUUAUUAUGUAAUUGUACAUACUGUUUUACAGAAGUUCCCUCAUUUGAUUUUUAAGUCCCAGUAUCUAGGUAUAUCUACCCACUAAAGCCAAGGUGUCAUUUAUUGGACUUUCUGAAAAUAAACACAACAAAAACAAAAAAGCUAUGUUCUUUGGUUUAAUAUUUUAGUUAUAAAAUAGAACUGCAACAAAAGACAAUUUUAGGAAGUAUUAUUUUCUACAUGUAGGAAUGAGGGGAUGAAGGAAUGCUACAGCUUUUUAUCACAGAACAUAUUAUCCCAUUUAACUAUUAAAUGGCUAUCAGUGGGAAGUAGUAUUUAGUCAUAUAGAAAUGUAUGAAAAAAUCUUUUAAAAAAGCUCCUUAAAAUUGCAGGAUUUACCUUAAAUAUAUAUAUACAUAUAUAUAAGCUUUGAGACAUAAGUGUACUAAGUUGUGUCAAGCAAUCCUCAAAAAUUAGAUGUAUUUGAGCUCUGUGCAUUAUGUCAGCUUUAAAUGUAAUAUUUUGAAUAUUUUGGCUAUAUUUAUUGGCUUUGUGCAAGCAGUAGAACAGAAAUAAUGGGUCAAUAGUUUUGACCUUAAUUUAAAAACUCUUUCUAUGGAGAUAGGGCUAGAAAUACUUUUGCCAAAUAACAUUCGUCUCAUUCACUUUAUGUCAAUAUUUAGAAAACAAUAAAUUACAGCAAAUAUGAUGUUUUUCUAUAAAUUAUUGUAAAAAAAGUCAUGCUUUUAAAAACAAAUUUGGUAAUGCAUAUCAUGGAAAGUGUAUUUUGUAUGUAUAAUUUCACGACAAUUAAAGGAUACUUUUCAUCUUGUCAAUCAUUGCUAUGUAGAAUGACUGUCUUAAAUAGUAAUGUACUAAAGGGAAAAAACUUAAUACAACAAGAUCUAGUGUACUUAGACAUGAGCUUACCUGAAAAACCUUAGACUCGUAUCAUUCUUUAAAGUUUAUAAAGUACCUUCGUACGUUUUCAUGUAAUCAUUUAAUCUACACUAUGAAGGAAUUUAUCAAAUUUAGUUGUAAGUAUUAUGCUGAUGAAGCCUAAAAGCUGUUUCUUCAUCAGUGUUUUGUUUUAUGCUUUUUAAAAUACUCCAUGUUUAUAAACAGUCUUUUUUUUUUUCUUUUUAAGUCAGGACUUCAAAAGUUGUGAAGUACAUGUAUCCCAUCCCUACCUUCAUUCUCUUUGGGUUAAGGAGCCUUUCUUCCUGCAGCAAAGGGAAGAGGCUGUUUCUAGGGUUGUAGUACCUAAUUUCUGUAUUUGAGAAUAUUUCUUUAGAUAGGGAGAAAUAGAAAACAAAAUCAGUUCUUCAAAACGUGUCUAAUUUUUGGCCAAAGCAUUUGGUGUUAAUAAAAUGUGAAUUCUGAAUGAGUCACUUCAUUUUGGAUUCAUAGGUUUAGUGGGAAUA